UCCUGUCUUCACUUUGUCCCCUGCUCCCACCGCCGUCGCCUUCCUCCGUCCACAGCUGCAGAGGCUCCGAGGAAACAUGUUCAUUUACUCGGCUCGGAAUAUUUCGCAACUUUUAUUUUACUGACGCACCACGGGCAGCCCCGUACCACAGACUCGCCUCUAAAAUGGCCCAGGAGAACCACAGCUGUCAUUAUAAUGAGUCCAUGGGGUUCUUCUACCAAAACAUUGGAGCUGACGAUAAAUGGGACAAAACUCAGCUCAUCCUGGUCCAGGUGGUGGGCUCUCUUUUCUGCUGUUUCAUCCUGGUCUCCAACUCCAUGGUCAUAGCUGCUGUCAUCACCAACAAGAGAUUUCACUAUCCUUUCUACUAUCUUCUUGCCAACCUCGCUGCCUCGGAUUUCCUCGCAGGCAUAGCGUACGUGUACCUCAUGUUCAACACAGGUGAGGUGUCACGGAAACUAACAGUUAAAGGAUACUUUAUCCGCCAAGGUCUGCUGGACGUCAGUCUCUCGGCCUCACUGGCUAACCUGCUUGUCAUAGCUCUGGAGCGCUACAUCUCUGUAAUGAACUGGAAAGUCCACAGCAAUCUGACAAAGAGGAGGGUGACCCUGCUCAUCGUGCUCGUGUGGGCCAUCUCCAUCUUUAUGGGGGCCGUGCCCAGUCUGGGCUGGAACUGCAUCUGCAACCUGAGCGAUUGUUCCCAGUUGGCUCCCAUCUUCAGCAAGAGCUACCUGAUCUUCUGGUCUGCGUCCAACCUGGUGGUGUUCCUGGUCAUGGUGGCCAUCUACAUGAGGAUCUACACCUACGUCAAGAAGAAGACAUCAGUGCUUACGCCGCACACAAGCGGCUCAAUCAACCGCAAGAGGACGCCCAUUAAGCUCAUCAAGACAGUUAUGGUUGUGCUUGGAGCCUUUGUGAUCUGCUGGACCCCCGGCCUGCUUGUUCUGCUGCUGGACGGCCUCGACUGUAAGAGCUGUAACGUCGUGAAAUUAAAACGCUGGCUGCUGCUCCUGGCUGUAUGCAAUUCCGUCAUGAACCCCUGCAUCUACUCCUACAAGGACGAGGAAAUGUGGACAACCUUCAAAAACCUCAUGCGCUGCAUUGGCAACGGCACUCGUCGGCAGCGGUCGACGAGGGCGAACACCAGGCCGCUCAGCUCGGCUCAGGAUACGGGCACGAGUCAGCCCCCAUCAGAGGAGACGAAAAAUGACGAUCAGGGCAUACUCAAGACCUGA